GUAACGUUCAGUCGUUCAGUCUGGCGGCCGCAAUCGACGCGAAUGCUUGUGUGUGCGACGUGUUUUUAUAUCGCACGUUGAGACGAACGCGAACACGAAAUGAGUAGCGGCAAAAGAAAACUAUCGUUUUUGGGCUUCUCACCCCAGGGUGAGGGUGAGGACGAGAUUCGGCUGGACGAGGAGAUGGAGCGGGUACUGUGGGGCGAGGGCGGGCCUCCGCCACUUCUGGAAAAUACAGCUUCGCCGCUUCGGGAUAUCGCGGCACCAAUGCCACAGCAAAUUAUGCAAGAUGGAGGGAGUCUACCAAGUGUAACGGAAUUAUCACAAGCAAGUCCGUUGCCGUUGGACAGCAUCGGAUCAGACCAUCAGAUGUCGUUGGGGUUUUCGGGUUCGGGGUCAGCGGGAAGUCCCCGGGAGGUGGAAGACAGGCGCGUGCAGUUCGACGGCGAUCGGCGCAGCUCUACAACUGAGCUUUUCGACGACGCAAACGACGAGCGUCGUAACCAGAGAUAUGUGAAGGUGGCACAACCAUACAAGACACGUAAAUUGGUGGUGCACGAGAAUGUGAGCUUGCCACUGGAUGAUGAGUCGAGCGUGAUGGUGGGCUCCGACGAACACAUGCCAGAGAUGGACCAGGACGUGUUGCGCAGUCAUCGCAGCGACGACCCGAGAGCCCUACGACGUCAUAAGAUACGCAAGGGCUCGACGGUGCACGUCGGCCGAAAGGAUGGUGGUGACAGGGUUGCGGACAUCCUCUCUGAUUUAACGUACAAAAAAAUGUACGACCAUAGGCCUCACGCGGUCUUCGUCCAACUCGAUGAGCUUCUCGCCACCGAGGAUGGUGAUCCAGAAUGGAAGGAAACAGCUCGUUGGAUUAAGUACGAAGAAGAUGUUGAGGAAGGGUCUGCGAGAUGGGGUCGGCCGCAUGUCGCCUCUCUGUCGUUUCAUUCCCUACUGAAUCUGAGGCGAUGUCUGGAGACCGGUGUCGUACUCCUCGAUCUCGACGAGAAAGAUCUCCCUGGUGUAGCAUACAGGGUGGUUGAAAGCAUGGUUACCGAAGGCCUCAUCGAGGAAGACGAUAAGCCGGUUGUGAUGCGAUCGCUUCUGCUCAGACACAGACACGUGCACGACGAACGCUUCAGAUUCUCAAUAGGGGGCAAGAAGCAGUCCUCAUACACGAGUUUACAGUCGCUGUGGCUGGAGGACCCUGGUAUGGGGCAUGGUGGUGGUGCGAACGGCGCGCGAAUUCGCUGCACGCAUUGCUCCCCCGCCGGCACCUGUCGCCGACACAGCGCCCACAUUCUUAGCCUGUCGGAACGACGUUUUGGGCGUAGAAGUUCUUACGCCUUACCUCUUCAUGAACGUGCCGAGACACGUAAGAAGACAUCCGCUCCGGGCCUCGAUCAACGUGAGAUAGAAUAUGUAGCCGCAGGAGUAGACGGUUCCCAGGAUGAACUGCGACGUGGACAUAAUGAUUCCAUCAUGAAACGUAUUCCCGAAGAUGCUGAAGCGACCACAGUUCUCGUCGGCGCUGUAGGCUUCCUGGACCAACCAACCAUCGCGUUCGUCCGUCUUGCGCAAGGAAUUUUGAUGCCUUCAAUCACCGAAGUCCCAGUGCCCGUUCGAUUCAUGUUCAUCCUGUUAGGUCCGACUGCUGCCGACCUUGACUACCAUGAAGUUGGUCGUUCUAUUUCAACAUUGAUGUCGAAUCCGUCGUUCCAUUCCAUCGCCUACAAAGCUGAUGAUCGUCGCGAACUCCUGUCAGCUAUCAAUGAAUUCUUAGAUGAUUCUAUUGUGCUGCCACCUGGUGACUGGGAAAGGCAGGCUCUGUUGCCUUUCGAGGAACUACGAGCUAAAAGUGAAAUGAUAAGGCGGCGCAAGCGUGAUGCAUUGGAACGUAAGAAAGCCGCCGCCGAAGCGGCCUCGCCUCCCUCCGUUGAAAAGCAAACUCUGAUUACGAUGGAAGCUGGAGAAAAGCAGGAAAAGGAAUACGAAGAUCCACUUUCUAAGACUGGUCGUAUUUUCGGGGGUGUGAUUCGAGAUAUUAAACGGCGCUAUCCAUAUUACUUGUCUGAUUUCCGAGAUGCGUUGAACGGACAAUGUGCUGCGGCCACAAUAUUCAUGUACUUUGCUGCACUAUCGUCGGCCAUCACUUUCGGUGGUUUACUCGCCGAAAAGACUAACGGAAAAAUCGGAAUAUCCGAAACUUUGGUUUUCACGUGCGCUGGUGGAGUAUUAUUCGCUUUGCUGGCUGGCCAACCAAUGAUGAUCACCGGAGCUACUGGUCCUUUGCUACUACUUGACGAAUCACUGGCGACGUUCUGCCGAUCCUACGGGUUCGAGUUUCUAGCUGCUAGAAUGUACUGCGGCAUCUGGAUGAUAGUUAUUGCUAUUUGCGUGGCUUCCGUUGAAGGUAGCGUGGCUGUUAAGAAGAUUACUAGAUUCACAGAGGACAUAUUUGCAUUCCUGAUAUCCCUGAUCUUCAUCUCGGAGCCAAUCACAAACUUGAUCAGCUUGUACCGAGCGCAUCCCCUCGGUUAUGACUACUGCCAACACAGUGCCAACACUACUACGGAACUACCAACUAUUGGGAACAAUACCCUUAAUAAUAAUGCAACCCUGCCAGCGGCACCGCAACACAUCAAGAUUACGCCUCAACCUAACACCGCUCUCUUCUGUACUAUGCUCACUCUUUCUACCUUCAUCAUCGCCUACUACCUUCGUAUCUUCCGCAACGGAAAAUUCCUCGGUCGCAGUGCUCGUCGUGCAUUGGGAGACUUCGGCGUGCCAAUUGCAAUCGUCCUGAUGGUCGGUGUGUCGGUAUUGGUGCCGGUGUGGACGGAGAAGUUGCAAGUACCUGAGGGACUCAGUCCAACUGCGGACCGGUCGUGGCUCGUACCCCUCAACCCUGGCCUGGAAACGAUCCCCAUCUGGGCAGCCUUUGCCAUGGCUUUACCUGCCCUUAUGGUUUACAUUAUCGUGUUCAUGGAAACGCAUAUUGCCGAGUUGAUCAUUGACAAACCGGAGCGUCGCUUGAAGAAGGGUAGCGGUUUCCACAUGGAUAUCGUGAUAAUGUCGGUGGUGAAUGCUGUGUGCGGUCUGUUCGGAGCGCCGUGGCAAUGCGUCGCUACUGUCCGCUCUGUUAGCCACGUGGCCGCGCUCACCGUCAUGUCCACCACACAUGCGCCCGGAGACAAGCCCUACAUUGUCGAAGUUAAAGAACAACGUUUGACUGGAUUGCUGGUUGCGGUACUGUGUGGCGUAUCUGUGUUAGCCUCCGGUUGGUUGCGUUUGGUACCAAUGGCUGUACUCUUUGGCGUGUUCCUCUACAUGGGUAUCUCUGCUCUCGGCGGCAUUCAGUUCUGGGAUCGAUGCAUCUUGUUGUUCAAGCCCGUUAAGCAUCACCCUCAAGUACCAUACGUCCGACGUGUACCGACUUUGAAGAUGCACUUGUUCACACUGAUACAGAUCGCUGGCAUUAGUCUUCUGUACUUGGUGAAGAGCUCUCAGUAUUCACUGGCUCUGCCGUUCUUCCUGGUGAUGAUGGUGCCGCUGCGAAUGGCCCUAACCUACAUCUUCACUCCUCUGCAACUCCGAGCUUUGGACGGCGCCCAGAAAGAAAUAGACAAAGACGAGCCAGACUUCUACGAGGAGUCUCCCCUUCCGGGCUAAGCAGCUUCUAACUAAAUAUUAUCAAAAAGUAUACUUGUAUUAACGUCAAGUAUACUUGAAAUGAUGAUAAAGUUAAUUAACAUAUAAUUUUAAAGUCAUUACCUGUGGCACUAUGCUGCCAGGUGAUACACACUGUAUUAGUAUGACACAUAUUUUAUUAGGGAUUUGAAAAAUAAAAUGUAACGGUUCGUCGAUCUUUAUCUCCUACAAGAUAUUCUUUCCGAUCUUUAAGCUCUUUAAAAAUCUAUUAUUUUACACCCUUAUUUCGAUAAUGUCUCAUUUUGAUAAUUCAUAUAUCUAUCUAUUUGUUUACGUUUAACGACGUUCUGUUACAUUUAAUUUUUUACGUAGAACAAUAUUGAGAUUAGAAAUUAUAAAGACGCGGGACGUAUGUUGAGACAAUAUUUAUGGCGAGAACAAUAUGAGCUCAUGUUAAACACAGGGCUAUACGCAAAAUUGAUAUUAUUCAAAUAUUAGAUAAGUCGUAGAUGUAGCUGUUUAUGUAGUAGUAUCUAAAAUUAAUAUGAAUUCACUUCAAUCUGUUCCAUUACACUUGACAUGAGAAACAUUUUUUUUUCUUGCAAGUUGCAUACAAAUUUAUAUUGAGUCGCAGAAAUCAAUGUAAAUGUGUGAUUAAUAUAUGAAAAAUACGUAAUUAUGGUUAUUUCUAAAUUAUUGUUAUUGAAUUAUAGUGAUGUAUGUUUUAACUUGAAGUAAUUUGUUUAUAAACAUUGUUAAUCGUACCCGAGAAUGUGCUCAAUUGAUUUAAAUUGUUAAUCAAAAUUGUUUUAAAUCCUACAGAAUAUUUCACAGAAAGGUUUGUUUUAAAAAGUUACGUUUACAGAUACGCUCUGUAAUAAAAUUACGAGCCAAAGGUUAGGUGCCAAAGAGUUAUUUAUUAAUUUUCAGUACGAUUUAUUUUUAAUUACAAAAAAUGCAAACACAAUUACGUGGACUGCUGCCUAAGGUCCACGCAAACACGUUGUGUAGCACCUACCUAAGAAAUUUAUAAUAUCGACUUGUUUUAAUUAAUUUUAUUCAUUUUUAUAUUAAGUAUUCUUUAAUUUUCAUAUUGUUUCACAAUAAUACAACAAAAUGUUACUAAAAACAAUUGAGAUAAAGGGCCUAAAAAUGUCUAAUUUUUGCCAAAGUUCUUUUUUGCCUACAUAUUGUUUAAGUACUUAAUUUAUUGUAUAGUAUUAUUGAGUUAAUUUAAUUUUAACUGUAUUUGUUGUUAAUAAUAGGUUAGGUUAGGUUAGUGAGCUACACGAAUGUUUGCAAAUCACAUUCCGGAUGGCGAAACGAACAUUUUAGUUUCUAUUGAGAUUAGUAUCAAUAGUUUAAGUCUUGUUCUAAUAACUCUGUCGUUAGUUAAAUAAAUAUGCUAAGAUUUUCGGUAAUUCCCACGUAGAUAUUGAAAUGUUAUACAUAAAGAUUAAUAACUUAUUCCAACCUCUCAGUAAAUAGUAGUGAUAAAUGUUAUGUUCUACUGCGCGGAUUGUUUCCAGCUACAUAAGUCAUUAUUGCUUGUUUAUAUUUGUCUAAGUACUUAAUUUUGGACUAAAAAAAACAAUUAAUCAUUGUAUUUAUCGUAAUUAACUAAGAAUUCAGGUGACUUUUGUGCUUUAGCUUGUAAAUAUUUUUUCUGAUGUUUUCAACAAAAAUCUAUUUAAAUGUUUGGUUACUUCAUUUAUUAUUAUUACAGUUUAAACAUUCCACAGUAGUUUCUCCACUGAUUCAUCCAAAUUAACAAAUAACGUCUUAAUGUUAAAUUUUCACAUUCACCUUUACUAAAAAUAAAUUAACAGUCUUGAAAAUAUAUUCAUAUGUCAUAAUUUUUGUGUGCAUUCGGAAUAUCAUAUAAAUUUUUAAUCUGUCCAUUUAAAAUUAUAGAUGUGACUUUGAGAAUAAUCGUAGGCUGCCAUCUUAUUACAAUAAAAAUAAAAAUGCAAUUUUAGAGUAAAAAUUUUGUUUUAGAUAUAGAAAUCAAAUCAAUGUUAUUAUUAAUGUAAAUGCCGGUUUCGAUUGCCGCACUUCUUUUAAUAUAUUGUUGUCUCUGUUUUUUUUUUUAAAGGGUAUGAGAAGGAUGAUAAUUUUAGUCAUGCAAGUGUCACUACUCAUAGCGUACUGCAAUAUUUCAAUUAAAAAACAUUGUCUCUAUUUAUAGUAUGAUAAUCUGAGCCGUUAAGAAAAGUACUCCUAUUGUGAUUCGUUUUAUCUGAAAACAUUUAAUAGUAUAUAGUACACAAAGGAUCUUGACACUUUUUUGACAAUGGCUGGGGGGCGCCAGUGAGCUAUCAUAAUUUAGUUUGAUUUGCAGGGUCAGAUAACUUUGUUGGUCUAUACUUUUUGAACUUUUCAAUACAAGACAUAUUUGACAUGUAAUUAAAAAAAAGUCAUUAAUUUGGUACAAACAUAUCAAAUAAAUUUUAAGUUUCUUUACAGUGAAAUUCCACUGCCAUUACUCUUAUAUUGAAACAUAUUUUUAUCUUUAUUACAUGAAAAAAAAAGUGAGUAAAAAUACUAUUUAUUCCAGUGUUUUGACAGUGGUAAUGCAUAUUUUACCGGCACUAUAAUGAAAUAUCAUUGUAAUUUAUUCAAUGGUAUUAUAAUUUCAGUACAAACAUUUAAAUUAAGUUAUAUUUAGUAUUAAGAACAUAUUAUUUUGAUUAGUUGUAAAUUUGUUUUUAGUUUAUUAAAAAGUCAUUGUUGAAAAUGUGAUCAGUGUACAGUUUAGUUUAGUUAAUAGUUACCAAGUCAGAUGAAUUAUUGUGCUAUAAACAGAUACCUUAAUUUAUUCUAAGUUCCUUGAUUAUUUAUUGAUUUAACAUGUUUAUUGCAAAGGAGUGGAUGAAAUGAUCCUCUGUAUGUUGUUAGUUUCAACAUUUAUUAAGUGUUUAUUAAUAAU